AUGGGCCCUCGUGCUUUUCAAAUUAUAUCCAUUUUGGUAGGUGGUUUCAAGGAAGAAAACUCUUGUUAUUUCAACUAUACACCACGUCUCGAAAAUAAUAGUAUACAUAUAAAUAGAGUACUCAAAAAUACAUAA